AGUUUCCCCCGCCGUUUAUAUAGAGGCAGUGAAGUUCCAAGAGCAAAAAAGAAAAGGAGACUAUAGAGAGUAUGGCUAUGGCUCUUCGAGUUAGACGCCUGAAAGAAGCUUAUAGGCUUCUCCCUCUCAUUUCUCCUGGCAAUAUACUCGUAAAGGAGAGCAAUUUGCUUCCGCCUCUUUUGAAUUUAUCAUGUGCAGACAUCAAUACAAAGUGUGGAUAUAUAUUUCAUCAGGAUCAGAGGUAUUCAACUACUAUAUCAGAAGCAGUGCCAGAAGAGCCUGUUGUACAACUCGAUUUCCCUUCCUUCAUUAAGUCUGCUAUUGAUAAGCCUGAAGGCCCUUCUCAUUGUUGGUUAAAUGGAAUUCCGGAUAAGAAAUUUUUGAAAGAUGGCAUCUUCCUAGUGCUCGUAACUGGAUUCCUAGAUAGUUCUUCAAUCACCGAGGCAAACUUUGUUAGCAUGCUUGAGAAAGUGAAGUUUCUCCAGCAGAGAUAUCCUUUCCUUCAAAUAAUUGGUUACCAGGGUAUCGAGAAGAUCCCACUUUGCUCCAGUGAUGUAUGCUCACAUCUGCUUGGGAGAACCUUGAAGGGAAACAUUGCUUUUCCUCUUCUGCUAUCUUACAAGGAUGUUCUGGAGAUUGCUAGUGAGGCCUGCUAUGUGAUGUUUAAAGGUUUGAAGAGUCCUUCAAUCUAUUAUGGGAACGAUGCAGAAAUGGUGAUUCUAGACAAAGCAAUCAAGGAUUUCAGAGCGCAAGAGAGUGAGGCCCCUAAGAUCCUGACAAGCACAUGGGUAAAGCCAACUGAUGAAUUCAAGGAACCACCUCUCUGUUUCCCCUUGCGAAACCUGUUUCUUUACUUUCCAGGUGGUAUUUCAGUUGAUGAGAGUGGCAAUCGCCUUUUCCUUUCUGACUCCAAUCACCAUAGAGUUAUUGUACUAGAUGGCAAUGGAAUGAUUUUAGACUCUAUUGGUUCUUCUCCUGGUCAUGAAGAUGGAGAAUUUGAAUAUGCGAAGUUAAAGCGUCCGGCAGCUUCUUUUUAUCAUGCCGCUGAGGACUGCCUAUACCUUGUGGACUCGGAGAAUCAUGCUAUUAGGAGAGCUGAUAUGGGGAGGAGGGUUGUGGAGACUUUGUACCCAAGAAGCAAAACAAAUAAAAAUAGUAGCAUUUGGAGCUGGAUAUUGGGGAAGCUUUGGCCUGGAAACGAUCUAAAUGCACAGUCUGAAGAAUUGCAGCCGGACACAUUGCUGUUUCCGUGGCACAUGCUGAAUUCUCCAAAUGGCGAUCUCCUCAUUUUAAACCGCAGCUGCGAGACAUUGUGGAUCAUGGAUUUAGCCUCUGGUGUUAUCAGAGAGGUUGUUAAAGGAUUUUCAAAUAUUUUGGAGAUCUGUGAGCCAUUGAUCCUGGAGAAGUCUACGCUUUUGAAUCAAAUGCCUAGUGAUUGGUUGCAGCAGCAAGGAGAUGCAAAUUACUCAUCAAAGAGAAUUCCAUAUCUUGAGCUUAUGUCUUCUGUCACAACUUUUCAGGAUCAGAUGCUCAUCUGUGAUACAGUUGGUCAGACUGUAUUAAAACUCAAUAGAGACUCGGGUUCUAUAUCAAGCUUCCAGAUCUCUAAUUUGGGGAUCCUUGGGUUUCCUUACUGGUCCUCAUCUCCUCUUGAACGAGUAUGUGCUGCUGAUGAAGCAUUGGCAGCAAAUCCCAUGGAUCACCUAGAAUCUUUCAACUUGUUGCCAGGUAGAGUUGACAUACGCCUGAAUGUAGAUAUUCCAGAAUAUGUUGAUCUAAUCGAACCACUGAGUGAAAAUUGCGUAUGGAGGCAAGUUAGAGGGGCAGCAACUGAAAUAUCCGAGGCAGACAGCACAAUUACGUCUUCAGAAAAGGUUGGUGUUGCUCAGCAAUGGUAUGAUGAAAUUGACCACCUUGCCUUUUCAACACCGGAAAUAGAAUCAGCCAUAGAAGAGGUAAGUGUGAGUCGUGGUGAAGAAAUUCCACAAGGGAAAAUCGAGAUCAGUUGCUCCAUUAAUACAAGUCCUGGAACAAGCGAGGUUAUCAUUUGUGCUGCAGCAUAUUUGAGACUGAAAAAGGAUACAGAUGUCUGUAGUGAAAGUAGACAGAGGAAAGCAGCCAGGAUAGCAGAUCUGUUGAAUCAGGGGAGGACAAGGGUAAGCAGAGAUGUUAUAGUCCAGUUCUUGCUGACAUCAAAAAGAGAUCUAGAAGAAGUCAUCAUAACGAGACCUAUACAUGUGAGACUCAAGUUUGAUUGUCCAAACCACCCAAAAGCAGAUAAUUCCAAAGAUAUAAUUUUGACUGACACCUCUUUAAAUGUGAAUGUUGCUCUGAGUAACAUCUAACAACUAGUGUAUGGAUGACUCUUAAUGAUAUCUAUGCCUCAUCAUCUUGAAGGCCAAAUUGUGCACACCUCGACUAUUUCACCAGUACAGGUAUCGGAUAACUCCGAUCUGUGCUCAUUAUUUUGUAUGAAUAUGUGAGUUGUUUGUUCUAUUUUCUAGUGGCUUUUCUAUCAAUGUAUUAGUAUGUUGUUAUAUUCCUAGACGAUGUACCGUUUUCUUCUGUUUAGUCGACUCCAUAAUAUCUGUAUGAAGCUGUAAAAUUAAUAGUUCUACUAUGGAGAAAACCUUUCCCUC